GUCCGUACUCCGUUGGCAACGCGGUGGGUUCGCGGUCGCGUCAGGCCAGUCGUCGUCCGUCAGUCGGGGAAUGUGCUCUGAUGCGGGAGCUUGUGCCGCUUUUGUAGUCGCGUGUGUUGUGUAAAUAAAACUUGUGAUUUUUGCAAUGCGGUGUGCGGUGUUGGUGUGUCUUGCGGCGAGUUGGGGCUGCGUCGCCGCCGCCCCUGCGUCUUGCCUCGAACACUUCUUCGUCAAACACAACGUAACAGCUGAUGACAGCCAACAGCCAGGUCCCAUAUGCGGAGGGCAGUGCUGCGGUCGAGGAAGAGAGACCCACUUAACAUCAACUCUCAGACAGAAUGCCGAAGACAAAAUAGCAGCUGCCACCAGGCCUAUUGCUGAGCUUUUGCUGGCCACCAGGAGGACAUUGCAAGAGCACCUAACAGCCCUGUCGCACCAGUCACAGAACAAGACAGCAGCACUGUUGUCCCAGCUGUACAGAGGCCACGCCACAAGAGCUCAUACUCCCUUAGCGACCCUAUACGAUGACAUAAGGACUUUGCUUCGAUCCAAUCUAGAGACUGAAGAUGCCGUUGACCUGGGAUCCCCGCCACCUAAAGAAAUGGCGCAGAGUACGAAGAAAUUCUUCAGAGAAGUAUUCCCCGUGGCGUAUCAAAACGUACUAAGGCUGGACACGAAGCAAUUCACAACCGCCUAUGAGGCGUGUUUGAAGGACGCAUAUGAUGCUGUCCAGCCUUUUGGAGACGUUCCCGAACAGUUGGGGUCAUCGCUAGCCAAGUCUUUGGAGGCUGCGCGUGCGCUCUUACAAGUGCUUGGUGUUGGUGCGGGCGCUCUGGGCGGUGCUGAGCGGGCGGUGAAGGGCGCCGCCCACAGUCACUAUGGUCGGUUGCUGUUGAAGAUGGGCGGCUGCUCGCGAUGUCAAGGCCAUGAUAUCAGCCCUUGCAAGAACUAUUGUCUCAAUAUCGCUAGAGGAUGUAUUGGGUCGAUAAUAUCAGAGCUGGAUGCUCCAUGGGCUAGUUACGUGGAAGGCGUGGAAAGGCUGGCAAGAGCAGACGCAGACGCCGCUCUCAGGGCGCUGGACGCCAGGGUGUCUGAAGCCAUCAUGCAUGCUUUGGAGAACCAUGUCAUAUUGGAAAAAAAGGUGCGUCAAGAAUGCGGUCCGCCAUCUACCCUUGAGAGCACGAACCUGCCUCCUCCCUCCCCCACGGGAGCCUCUAGAAGGGACGCGUUGCGGGCUCCACCACCAGACACGGAACUGCUCCAGUUUGCAGCGACGCUCGCCGCUACGAAGAAGCUGUUCGCCAGUAUGGCUGACAGACUCUGCGAUGACCCAGACUUUGCCACUGAUGGAAAUGAGAAUUGCUGGAAUGGGGAUACAGUUGGAGAGUACACCAAAGCGCUAGUGGCAUCUGCUUCAAUGAGUGACCAGAAAUACAACCCCGAAAUGACGGAGACUGCUCCCAACCCCGAAGUGGCCAUUCUUGGCGAGAGAUUGCGUCAGGCAAGACAGUUACUUGUUUCGCACUCUUGGAGCGGAAACCUCCCAGCAGCUGAGGCCUUCAUGCAAGGAGAUGAAGCUGGUGACGAAGGUUCGGGCUCUGGUCGUCUCUACACUGAUGACGACGCCUCAUAUGAUGCUGAGGGUUCUGGAGAAGAGGGAUCUGGGACUCCUGAUAUUGCAGUGAGUCGAACGAUUACCGGAGAAGAAACAACAUACUCAGCACCUCCAAAGAUAAGUGGAGCCUCCACCAGAUGCGUCUGCGGGUUCAUGGUUGCUAUACUCGUGUCCGCAGUCAUCAGCGUAUAAACCCAAGUGCGAGUUCAUCUCGAGAUCCGUCUUGAGAUCCCAGUGAAUCAUAUCAUAUGUAAGCAAUAUUGGAGUGUGCAAUGGACUGAAAGUGUGUUUGUUUUAAUGUCGAAUGUUUUCUUCGAUCGUAAGUAUUAGAACAAUAUUAGUAUUAUGUUCGUAGUACUCUAAAAUUGUUAAUUUAUUAAGCGUACGGGGACUGAAAGACAAAUCAACUAUCAAUUAUUACUAACUUUUAAUUAAAAUAUUGGUUUGAUUUAAGCUAGUAAAUAAAACUUAUUUUUUAAGUACAAUACGAUUUGGAAUGCUCAGUAGCAAACGUGGCGAGUAAAUAACGCAGAACAGAAUCAAAUCAAAGAAAUUUUAUUUAUUACGUAAAACACCGAAAACAAAAAUCUCCUAAAUAUUACUUGUAACUUGUAAGUUACAUUCACUUUAAAAUUUAUAAU